AAUAACUUCAUAUUUCCCCAAAAUAGUUUCCUUUUAACUAUAGAAUUUCAAUCAUUAGACUUCUUUGAAGCUAUAUAUCUUAAGAAUAACUACUAUUGAAUAGGCUGCCAUACAAGUUCUUGGGUUUGUCCUUAUUGCAGGCAUUUUUCCUUCGUCUAUUCAUAGCUUUCAAAGCUCUCUCAAAAGAGCUUGAAAAUAUAAGAAUAGAAAGCUAUCAUAGAAGCAGGCCUUUCCCGUUUUCUUCCCUCCGACUUGACUGUCUCAAGGUUGUUUCCCAUUCUUUUAUCCAGUUUUCUUCAGUUGUUCAGUCAUUUUCUUUUUCUAACGAAAAAAUAUGUCGGUUCCUUCUCGCUUUUCGAUAACAGACAUAACACCUUUCCUAACUCUCCCAUCCGUUCCGUUGUCCUCCGUACCUUCCAGUCGAACAUCAUUCCAUAGUAGUUUGGCUUCUUCUCCUCUUCGAAUUUUAUCCCCCUUUAAACCGCCAUCCUCUUCCCUUCCACGAGUAGCUAGUCCGACCAAAAUAACGUCCCCAACCACGAUGAGUUCUCUUCAGGAAAAAACUUCGACCCCUAUAAGAAAGGUAGACCUUGCUAAUGAUGACUCUCCCUCUCCGAAGACCUUUGGCUCAACGAAAACUUUUGUUAAUGAGCAGAAGUCAACAUCUUCUCCUAAAGUAUCUUCUAAUCCAUCAUUGACUUCGACGCCACCUGGAAUCCUCGAACAAGACCAUUUUUUCUCGGCUCGUUCAAAACGGAAAAAUAAUCUCUUUUUUGUCGAUGAAAAUGGUUCCAGUCGUGUCGUUCUUGGUACCCCUUCGCGCGUUCCAAGUCCUACCAAAACAGGGUCUAUGCUUAAUUCUCCACCUUCAAGAGUGGAAUUAACUGGCUCUCCAAAAUCUAGCGUAUCCUCAAUUCGCUCUUCACCUUUACGAUCUCCAAUUCGUUCUUCUGUACGCACGCCGUUAUCACCACCUUCUAGAAAAAGAUUACGUGCCAAGAAUGAGCCCAUUUCUCCUACCCCUGCUUCACCCAGUCCUCCACCAAAACUUCCUUCUAUCUUGGGUAGGCCGAGGCGAUUAGCCGCUAUGGAAGCUAGUCCUGCCAUUCGAAAAGCUUUGAUUUCUUCAAGGCAGACGAAGCCGGUUUCGGAGGAUCCCGUGAAGAAGAAUACGGAUUCCGAAACGAAUGAGAAACCAAGUCCUUACAAGAAUAAAAACGACAAGGAUCCUUCGGGUGAUAAAUAUAUAGAAAAGCCUUUACAAGAAAGAAAUGUCGAAACCGUGGGCAUGUCUGGCAAGUUUACAAAUCUGCUACGAGAUGUCCAAUUCAAAGAAAAACCAACUGGUGUACCUGAUCACCAUCGAGACUCAUUGUCAAAAAGGAAACAUUUACGGCAGACGAAAAGCGCUCAACUUUCUCCGAGACAGAUCGCUUCUGCUGAUAGUAAACCAGUCAACACGGAUACAAAAAAAUAUCCUCCCAAUCCAAAGCGAAAAGUCAAAUGGUCCAAGAAAUUGGUGCAAGGAAGCAGUGAUACAGAACCGACAUCUCCAUCUCGCCCGUCAAAGGUAGAACCUUCUAAAAGUUGCCUUGCCUCUAAAUUAAGAGAGUAAUAGCAUUCUCACGGGGGUUUUGGUGUUCAUAUGGUCGUAAUAAGCAUUUGAAAUGUACAAGUUUUGUCUAUUACUGCUAACCACUGGAUUCAUAAAAUCCUAAUGAAAUUCAUAUCAAUUAUUAGUUUUGUUUUAAAGUCAACCAUUAUGAUUGGAUUAAAGAGGAUAAUUUUAGCAUGCAUUUUGUUUUCGUUCCAAUUCGUUUCGUUCAUAAGGCACCCCAAGUUUGGAACACUUUUCCUUUUAAAUUAUUCUUUUUUUACUAUUAUACCAUCAUAGCCGAAACUCUUUGAUGAAAUCAUGGUUAGGAUAUACUGGUUGGACAGAGGACUCUGAUCAAUUCCUAUCGGCGAAAUAUGUUUUAGUUUUAUUUCUACUAUAUUUUUGUUUAUUAAUAAAGUAAUAUGUGUGAGAACUACCAAAACAGCAAUUAUAUUCCGU